AGGGGAGUACAAACACAAACCGCAGAAGAAGAACAGGACAUAUGAUGCGCACCUUCCGCCAAUAUGAAGGCACUCAGGGCAGUUUCUGCCUUUGAUUUUAAAGAAUAAGCCUUGUUAAUUCUACAAGUGCUGAAUCCUCUAACUGGACUUAAGUAGAUGCGACACCGACUUAAUAUCCUGGUCCUGCAGAAUGUCCAAGAUCAGGCGGAAAGUAACAGUGGAGAAUUCAAAAACCAUAUCUGACAGCAGCAGCAGCACCACGACCAGCAGCACCAGCAACCCCGCCGCCCCCUCCCGCAGACCCAGUGUGUUUGAAAGACUUGGUCCCAGCACUGGGAGUAAUGCUGCUGAUAGUCACUGUAGAAAUUGGUUGAAGACCGGUAAUUGCAGUUACGGCAACACUUGUCGCUACACACAUGGAACUCAGCCACGAGGCAAAGGAUUUAGCUUUAGUCGGUCAACCGAGAGGCCCACAGGUGAUCUGCGGGAGAGGAUGAAGAAUAAAAGACAGGAUGUUGACCCAGAAAACCUGAAGCGAGACCUUGACGAGCCCGCAUCCCCCACAGCAAGACAGAGAGACUCCUCCAGAGGCCGACACAGGGAGAAGGAGGACAUAAAGAUCACAAAGGAGCGCACCCCAGCCAGUGAAGAAGAACCCACAGAGUGGGAAACCAAUCGUGAAGAUUCGGAUAUCGGUGACUACGACUACGAGUUAUCCCUAGAAAUGAAGCGCCAGAAGAUUCAACGUGAGCUGAUGAAACUGGAGCAGGAGAACCUGGAAAAGAGGGAGGAGAUUGUCAUCAAGAAAGAUGAGACCCCCACUAAAACAAGAACCACCUCCUUGCCGAAGGCCUCCCCGGAGCAGUUAAGCUCUAAAGAUUCACCCUCAUCCAGGAAGUCCAGUGGCUCCCCGAAACACAAAAGUGGAACCAAAGGGCUAGGCUCUGGAAAGAAAGAGAAGAAAACAUCCAUUUCCUCCCCUGUUUCAGAACCUGCCAGAUCUUCAAAAGGGAGCCAUAGUAAAAAGAAAGGGCCCCGCACACCCAGUCCUCCUCCCCCCGUCCCUCUGGACAUUCCUGUGAUGGGGAAGAAACACAAAGGCAAGCACAAAAACAAGGAGAAGUCUGAGGAAAAGCAGAAGGAAGGGAAAGACCGGGGACGAGAUACAGAGAAACACAAAGAGAAGAAGGAGAAACGCAGGGACCGAUCAGACAGUUCCCACAAAGCCAAGCGGUCAGUGACAUCAGAGGAGCGUUCUGGUAGUGUUUCGUCUCCCUCCAGAGGCGCUUCACCCUCAGCCCGGAAGAAAUCCACCUCUCCUAAAGCUUCGUCCCAUAAACCCUCUGUACUGGCCUCCUCUCCUCGCAGGUCUCCCUCUCCUCCACGCCACCAGCGCAGUCCCACUCCUCCACGCCACCACUCCCCUUCCUCCCACUCCGGCUCCUCCGCCCAGCGGCACUCUCCCUCUCCUCCCCGUCGACGUCGCUCGUCCUCUCCCGCCUACCAUCGGAGCAAUGCAGCGGGAGCCUCCUCGCCUCAGAGCUCCAGACGCUCCCGGUCACCUCCGGCCUCCCACGACGCCUCCUCGCCCCACCGCCGAUCUGACAGGUCGAGCCCCAGCCGGCACCACUCCAGAGGCCGAGAGAGGAGCCGUGGUGACAGAGAGAGGAGUCCGCCGGCCCAGGAGCGCAGACAUGAGCGCAGAGAUGAUAGCCGCAGCAAGCGAGAGAAAGACAGUGUCCGUGACGACCGGGACUAUGACUCUGAACAGGUGUCAUCACGAGACGCUCGCGACGACAGGGAGACGAGAGAGGCUCGCGAGCGCCGGGAUCGAGGAAGGGAAACUACCAGAGACUCUCGCGACCACAGAGACAACAGGGACGUAAAGGACUCCAGAGAGAGCAGGACAGACACCCGGUCCAGUCGAGAGUCCCUGGAGCGUCGGGACCGCGAACGGGAACGAGAGAGGGACCGGGAGAAGGAAAGGGAGAAGGACAGGGAGCGAGAGAAGGAGCGAGAGAGGGAGAGGACCGACACCCACAGGAAGGAGGAAAUGUCUCAGGACGACAGGAGUUACGGGAGAGGUCAUGGUCGUGAAGAGGGAGGGAGAGCAGAGGGAAGGACAGAGAACAGGACAGACAGAGCUGAGAGGAACGGACGAGGGAGAGGGCGUGCCAAUGAAACAUCUGAUAAAGGCUCAAACAGAAACUCCCGCGGUUCCCAACUGGAAAGCACCCAUGAUAGCUGGGAGUCUCGGAGCAGUGCGGUGCGCGAGCGGAGUGUGGAGAGGAGCGCAGAUCGCAGCGCUACUGAAAGAAGCUCUGAGAGGGGUUCAGACCGAGAUCGCUAUGAGGGUGACAGAAGAGGAGAGCAGGCCCGGGACUCCUCUUACGACAGGAGAGGAGGGCACGGAGAGCGGGAUCGCAGAGACAACCGAGAGAGAGAUCCAAGAGCAGCUUCCCCAAACAGGCACCAGGUGCGAUCAGAGGAGCCUGAGAGGGAGGAAAGGAGGGAGGACCGCAGGACAGAUAGACUGGAGGAGAGACGGGACGACCGGAACCGCGACCGUGAACGAGAGCGAGACAGGGAGCGGGACAGGGAGCGGGAGAGAGAGAAAGAGAAGGACAGAGAGCGGGAGAGGGAGCGGGAGAGGGAGAGGGAGAGAGAGAAGGAGCGAGAGAAGGAAAGGGAGGCCGCGGAGAGGGAGCGGGCCAGGGAGAGAGAGCGGGAGCGGGAACGAGAGAGGGAGCGGGAGCGCGAGAGAGAAAGGGAACGCGAGGAGCGGGAGAGAGAGAGGGAGAGGAAGGAGCGAGAACGGGAGAGGGAGCAGCGGGAGCGGGAGAGGCAGCGGGAAUGGGAGGAGAGGGAGAGAGGAAGGGAGGAGAGGCGGGAAAGGAGAGAUGAGACCAGGGAAGACCGGUCUGUUCGAGAAACCCGGGACGAUCGCAAGACAAGUCGCAAGAGGCCCAGGGUGGAGAGCAGCCCGAGCCCCCGCUCCUCACCAAAGCGACGCGACCACAGCCCGGCAGACAGCGACGGCUACAACAGCGCGGAGGACAAAAGUGAGCGCCCGAUUGGCCGAGGGCAGGCCAAGCUCCACCCACAGCCCCUCCUCCCCAGCCCAGUGUGUCCGCCUCCAUCUGACAGUGGCGAUAAGCAUCGACUGCUGAGCCAGGUGGUGCGGCCCCAGGAACCCUUGUUGCGUUCACCACCGAGAGCUGCUCCACCUGAUGACAAGCUGGGUCACUGGAAGGAUGAGGAGCGCAGAGGAGCCGUGGACAAAAGGGAGACACGCAGCCGCCACGAGGAGCUCGAGCCUCGUGUGGAACGCAGCAGAGGAGGCGACAGACGAGCUGACCACCUUUCAGACGCUCCGUCUGACUCCCGCAGCAGAGGCAGAGACCAGCGAGAAUCCACGCCGCCGCCGCCGCCGCCUCCUCCUCCUCCUCCUCCUUCAGCCCUCGCCACUGGCAGUGACGAUCGUGACACCGCCAGCUCCUUGUCCCACGAGGAGGGCAAAAAGAAGACAAAGGCGCAGAGGAAGGGGCUAAAGAAAGUUCGCAAAGAUGAGGAGAUAAGCGGUGUUAACAGCCUGGCUGCUGUAGGGGACCGCUUCAACCUCGAGCCCCCAGCCAGUGUUUCUGCAGAUGGACCUCCACCCUUGCACUCUCCCAGGAAAGUAGCCAAGAAAAAGGCGCUUGACCGAAAGAGGAAACGGUCACGAGGAGGAGAAUCUGAUGUGUCUGAGGAGGAUACUUCAGCCCACCAGCCCCAUAGUAAGAGGAAGAGAGGUCCCCGGACCCCACCACCCUCGAUGAGGCCUGAUCACCGCGGCACUGGAGGCAACACAGAGCCGUCUCCCCUGUCCAAAAUGGACAACUUCAGUGACUGGUCAGAUGAGGAGGUUACAGACCGAGGAGGAGGACCACUUGAAACACAUCCUCCCUUGGCUCCUGCUGAGCCUCUAAGGAGAGGUGGCGGUCCCAGGAUGGGCAGGGACAGGGAGAGGUGCAACCCCCCACCCAUUGCCCCUCUACUCCCUCAGGAUCCUCCCAUGUUGCUGCAGACUCUGACUCCACAGCCCCUCAUGUCCCAGCCCCUGCUGCGCAAGCCCCCUCCAGAGCAGACGCGCAGCAGCAGCAUGGGGAGCAACCAGAGCCGCACAUCAUCCAGACGCCUGCGAUCACCCUCCAACGAGUCGGCCCACCGAGACGACCUCCAGGGUGCACGAUCCCGCCGGGGAAGGCUGCAGGGCACCAACUCUCGCGACCGGGAUCGAGAGAGAGAAAGAGAACGAGAACGAGAGCGGGAAAGGGAGAGAGAGCGAGAGAGAGAGAGGCCGGUUGUAAAUGACCCUCCUGGGGCCGAGAGGAAGUCUCGAAUUGACCAGUUGAGGAGAGGAGAGCCCAGCCGCAGCACCUCAUCAGACCGGCAGGAUUCUCGCAGCCACAGCUCCAGACGCAGCUCUCCUGACUCUGAGAGGCAGACCAGGUCCAGGUCCCGCGCCGGUUCCUAUGACAGUCGAGAGCGGGAGAGAGACAGGGAGCCAUUUGAACGGGAACGAGACCGAAAGGAUCUCCGGCCUCAGCAGCAGCAACAGCAGCAGCCGCCCCUGCUCCUACAACAGCCCCUCCAACAACAAAGAGACUGGGAGCCCGAACCGAGGGACUGGCCCAGCAGGGGACGAGAGCCCCUGCUAAUGCGUCCUGGCCGUGAACCUCUCCUGAGGGAGCGGGAUAUCAGGGACAGGGAACGCUUACUCCCUGAAGGACUCAUACAGCAGCACGAACGGGAGCGGGAAAGGGAUAGGGAGCGGGAGAGAGACAGUAGAGGUGAAAGAGGCGUCGAUCGAGAGAGGGAGAGGAUGAUGAUGAUGGACCUACCGCCCCACGGGGACCCCAGGGCUCCAGGACGAGGGGACCUGAGGGGAGAAAUGAGAGGAGACCUGCGAGGGGACAUGAUGAGGCAGGACAGGAGUGACUAUGAGCCUCUGCUGCCAAGAGAAGCCUUCAGCCCUCCAGAGCCUGAGAAAGCGAGCAACAGUCACCAUCUCAUGGGAGAUCAACGAGACCGGGAGCUGGAGAAGGCGGACAGCAUCGACGGAGAUGAUGAUGGUAAAGAAGACGAUGGCCAGUCAGUCGCAUCUGUUGGAGAGGAGUACGAACCAAUCAGUGAUGACGAGCUGGAUGAAAUUUUGGCUGAUAGCCAGAAAAAGGAGGAUCAGCAGGAUGAUGAAAAAAUUACAGGUCCUCUGGAUGUGAUCGAUGUGGACUGGUCCAGCCUGAUGCCCAAACAGAAGCAGGAGCCGCGGGCAGCAGGGGCAGCAUUGCUACGGUUCACCCCAGGGGCUGUGCUUCUCAGGGCUGGCAUCUCCAAGCGACUUGCUGGGCCUGCGCUCCUGGAGCAAGUCAAAGAGGUGUGCAAGUCUGAGCUGGACGACCCGAAAGAUGCUGACAAGCUGUUCGAGCAUGACCUUGGGGCCCUGAACAUGGCAGCCCUGAACAGGCGGGUGGAGAGGGCAGGUUUACUGAGCAACCUUGGGCCCUGCUGCAAGGCCCUGUGUGCCCGCAGGGACUUUGCCAUCCGCCGGCAACUGUUAAAAAAUGACAAGGGCCUAACAAAGCAGUACCCCACUACACCCGUAGUAGACAACGAGCUGCUGCAGAUGAGCAUGCGUCUCUUCAGAAGGACCAUGGCCGGCACGGCUUCGGCCCCAGAAAAGUCCGACAGUGGGUCGGCACCAGCGGCCGAAGUUGCUGCAGCUGUUAGUAGUAAGCUCAGCACAGCACAGCCUGAGGUGUGUGUGUCCUGAAAGAAAUGGGCUUCAUGAGUAAAAGACAUGCAAGUGAAGGCUUCUAAGCCUUCACUUCUUCCAGCCCCUAACUUUCCAUCCCUCUCUUUCCCAUUUCAUUAUACACAUAACCUUUUUAGACAGGAGAGGAAAUAAAGAAAAAACAGCAAAAUUGUGAAUUUCUCAGUUAUGCGUUACAUGUUUUGGAUGUUCUGCAAAAGCUGUGCCAUAGACUACUGGACAUUCUAGCCUAUGGAGGUGUGUAAUGAACCAUGUAUGCGAAACAUAAAACACCUAAAAUGAUUUCAUGUUUUUUUUUGUGCUUUACAGUGUUUUAGAGCAGCUUUUUAACUGUCUGUUUCACCUGCCUAACCACGUUCAAACGACUGUUUUGUUUUCAUAUUUUGUGCAUUGGUUACUACAACUGUGCAUUAAAAUUGUUAGAUGUUGAUUUUUGUAAUGGGUCUUUUGCUUUGUAUGAAAUUACUGUCCAGCCUUCAAAUAAUGUCACACUUGAUUGUUGUUGUUACUGUAUUUGUUUACAUUAUAUCACAAGAUAUCUGCAGAACAAAUCUGUAGCAUUUGCUGCAGAGAAGUAACCGACCAGCAACACUGAAACUGAAACAUCCUGCCGGGACUUGAAUGAACGUUUCUCCUGAAUGAGCACUGCCAAACUAUUCCUUUAUUGAAUGUAAGUUGUUAGAACUGUUAGUCUGUGGACACAUUAUUGCUUUUUGCUUGAUGUAUUUGUUUUGAAUAGUUUGGCAAUGUCUCCCUGAAAUGAACUGAAGUGAGUGCAGAGAACACUAUAGACUGCAGAAUACCAGAUCUUCAACACUGCCAUGUGGAACGCAUCCAUCCAAAAAGGAGCCAAAAUGCUCCUGAUAGGAAAAGACCCUAGAGUGCUUAGGUAAAAAAAAAGAAAAAGACCUGAAGAUAAUUAAUUUGAACUUCACAUCUUGUUUCUGUGUCCCAGUGGUUGACCAUCCAGAGUCACAAUAAAAAGACUUGUACAGGUGGAUAAACUGAAGCUCUGGGAUGUGGUUGUAUCAACACUUGAAAAUAGCAGGUUGUGCAUGCUGUGAGUGCUGGGACAGAAAUUCAAUGGACAAACCACGUUCAGUGUCACACUGAACAGCUUAAAGAACAGAAUAAGAAUGGAAAAAGGCUGUUAACUUAUAGACCUGGAUUCAACAUGACACCUCCCCCCCGGCCAUGCAACUGUGACUUGAAAUCUGAGUGACAUUACAGACAUGGAGAGACUGGGCUCUGAUGAAGCCCAUCAUCUUUAAGUCUGUGAUGUUGGAAGACACUUUGCUUACAUGUUUCUUUUCCAAGGUGUGCAAGUAAUGAUAGCUGGUUUAACUCUGUAUUUUAUUUGUAUUUUUAUUUUUUACUGUAAAAUAAAUGUAGAAUGACAUUUUUAAA